UACUGGGGACCGGAGGGUUAGACUGGUCUGGCGCGGAGCUGAGGGCCCCUGGCGAGUUUCGCCGAGGGUUGGACAGUGAGGGUAGGGCAGUGAAGUCAGGGCGGAGCCCAGGCAACGGGAUUCGGGGUGGCCGAGGAGGGGCGAAGAACCUGCUGGGGUUGGGUGGAGGCCGACGAUCGGUGGCGCUGCAGCUUCAGGUGUCCGGGAGGCUCCACGUCGCCUGGCGCCUGCAGCUUCCAAGAGCCCAGGCGGUUCCCAGCGCCCGGAGCCGGCCUGCGGUUCCCGCGAGGACAUGGCUGGGCCGGGUCCGGGAGACCCAGACGAGCAUUAUGAUUUCCUGUUCAAACUGGUGCUAGUGGGCGACGCGAGCGUGGGCAAGACGUGCGUGGUGCAGCGCUUCAAGACCGGCGCUUUCUCGGAGCGCCAGAGCAGCACCAUCGGCGUAGACUUUACCAUGAAGACGCUGGAGAUCCAGGGCAAGCGAGUCAAGCUGCAGAUCUGGGACACAGCUGGCCAGGAGCGAUUCCGCACCAUUACUCAGAGCUACUACCGCAGUGCCAACGGGGCCAUUCUUGCUUAUGACAUCACCAAGAGAAGCUCCUUCCUGUCAGUGCCUCAUUGGAUCGAGGACGUGAGGAAGUAUGCAGGCUCCAAUAUUGUGCAGCUGCUGAUUGGGAACAAGUCAGACCUUGGUGCGCUCCGAGAGGUCCCUUUGGCUGAGGCACAGAGCCUAGCAGAGCACUACGACAUCCUGUGUGCCAUUGAGACGUCUGCCAAGGACUCAAGCAACGUGGAAGAGGCCUUCAUGAGGGUGGUUGAGAAAGCUUCUGAGUUCCAUUGACUGAAUGAGGAAGGCCAGGAGCCCUGGAAAUUCCAGAUGGGCCACCCUCCAGACACUUGCCAACCACUUUUUCCAUAGAGAAGAAAUACCUGUCGUCUGAAUGUUCUGCUCUCAUCAAAUGCAAGGCAGCCCCAAACCCACAUGUACCCCUUGAAAGAAAAACCCAUAACUGGGUCCAUCUGAGCUGGGCACCCCAUACCCAUCCCAGAAGCUCUGAUGUGGGCCAGGCUGUCCCAAAGGCCCUACCUUUCCUCUGCCCACACCAGGGACUACCCAGACUCUGGGGAAAACCCACAGGUCCAGUCAUGGACUUUAAAACAGGGAAACAGAUCAGGGAUCCAGAGAAUCCCUGCUCAAAGCCCCCCACUGAAUUCACUCCUGAGCCAUCCAGCUCUCAGACCAGUUCUCCCGCCAAGGCUCCACUCCCAGAGCUCCAAUCUCAACCCUUCUCAGCACCCUGCUCACAUUUGCCCAGGAGCUCAGCUAGGGGUUGGGGGAUCAUCAGAACUUCUUUCAGAGAAGCCAGGACACGAUAUCCCUCCCCAGUUAUGUCCCCUCUCCUCAUCCUCACAGGUCUCCUGUCACCUUCUCCAUGCAGCUACGCCCCACUCCACUAAGCCUCUGCCUGACCUGACUCAUGCCUCUAAUCUCCACACCUGACUAUAGGUCACAAACUAACCAGGUUGCCCACUUGCUCAGACCUCUAGACAGCUCCCUGCUGCUCUCAGUCUCCUUGAGGAGGGUCCCCAGAACCACCCAUGCCCGAAUGCAUUCCCCCCUGACACUUGCCACCCAUAGCCACACAUGACUCUGCCAUUUCCAUCCAGACUGUGCUGCUUCCAGGCAGGCAGACCAUCUCCGACCAAACUCCCUGCUGUGUAAUGGGCUUCUUCAAGCUCCAGCACUUCCUGUUCACAAACAGCCCCAGAUAGGGCCCCAAUCCAAAGGACAGCUUCCUGGUCCUAAUACUCCCAGACAUUCCCAGGACCCCUCUGAGAAUGGGGAGGUCCCCCCUGCCACUGUCCUAGAGGUUAAAGUCUCUGCCGUCAUUUCUCCCCACUGAAAAGACUCAGCUUGGAUGGUGGGUUUGGAUCCAACUGGUGCUUCCUGGACAUCCAAGGUGUACUUUCACACAGGCUGCCUAGAAGGAGCAGUAAGGAUGGCUCUGCCCACUGAGCUCAGCUCCCAGACAGAGCCGGGAACUAGUCCCAGCCCUCCCAUACCUGGGCUGUGUGUUUGGGGACUCUCCCCUGAUGUGAUUCCAAACCUCAUGUUCUAAUGCAACCAUUACCUCAGUACACAGAGCCCAGGGAACAAGAAGCUACAGAUAUGGAGGUUUCCCUUUCAUGUCAAAUUCAAAGCUGCUCUUCAUCAUCACAGUGAUGCUGGUAUCUACCAGUGAGCUGGAGGGUCUGUGUGCUGGGCUGAGGGGACUCAGGAGAUAAGUGGCCAUCAGGAAGCAGGGACUUGGGAGAGGGUAUCAGGAGAGGAGGUGUCAAGAGGCCCACAGAUUAGCUCCUGGGAGCUUGUUGAGUGGGGCCAGCAUGCUCUAGCUUUCUGUUUAAAAUGAGGCUCACAGGCCAGUAGCUGGUAUUAUCCAAGAGCUUGUGGAAAAUAUAGAAUCUUAGCAUCUACCUCAGGGUUUCUGAGUCAGAAUCUGAAUUUUAAUAAGAUCUCCAUGAGUUUUGUGUGCAUGGUACAAUUUGUGGAACACUGGUCUAUACAGCCUGCCCAUCCCACCAGGGUGGUCUAAGGGCAGGCCUUAACAUUUCAGAAGUUUUUAGGUUUUUCCUAAAGAAAUCCUAAAAGAUCUUGCCUAAAAGAAAUCCUAAAAGAUAAAUGCAGACUUGGUAUGUAGACCUCAAGGACAAAGGUCUGGUGUUUUGCUUUUUGACAAGGCUCAGGCUCUGACUCUGACUAAGAUAGACAGAGAAAGGGCCUAUGGCAACAGUUAGUGGGAUUCCCUGGGUCAGCCUAAGACAGUCUUCUUUCAUUCAAAAACUAACCCUAUCUGACAACAUUUGAAUUGUCAUCUGUGAUAGGGGUUUUUGUUUUUUUCUGGAUACCUGACCACUUCAAGCUGUAUACAACCCCCUUUUCUCCAGAAAACAUGUAGAUUCAUAUAUAGACCCAAUAUUGCACAAAUCAGGGGUUAGCAGACAAUAGGGUAAAGGCUGCCCAAUUUCCACGUCUAGGAUCUUCAAACUUUGUGGAAUGGUAACAGCCAGUCUGAGAUGAUGGAGUCUGAUAUUUAUUGAGAAGUUUCUAUACUACUUCACAAGAGAGUUUAAGCACCUUGCCUCGUAAUGCCAGUGGUGGAGAUAAGAUCUGAACCCUGGACAUGAGGCUCGGGAAUAAUGCCUUAAACCCUUGAAAUCUUAUGAGGGAACCUUGGGUUUUGUGGGUGAGACUGUGGCUGCAGCAACGAUGACCAUGUACUCAGGUUUAGAUUUGACAACAAGGACAUGAUUCUAAGUGGAUCUUUCUUAAAAUAGCACUCUGUGUGGUGAAUCUAUCCAAGGAAUGAAUCAUAAAAACAAUAAAACUUCUAUUCACAGGAAUAUCAGUGGCAGCCUUAUGUGGCCAAAAACAGGGCCAUAUACUAAACCUGACAAGCUCAGAGGAGGCCUGCAUGGUGGAUCUUACAAAUUCAGAGGCGGAAAGUAACCACAUAGGAUGGUCUGAACAUAAAAAAUUCCUAACUGAAAGUGAGUUGUGGCAGGUAGUUAUGUCUUAGGCCUGCAGCUUCUUUGAUAAAGGUCAGUGUUUAACUUAAGUGAGCAUGGCUGUUGUCUUUGUGCAUCUAAGAUAACAUACUUUUGAAAUGUCAGAGUAAUCUCUUCCAGUUUCCUCAGGGCACAAUGUAGGCACUAGAGCUGGAGAGCACAGAACCCCUCAUUGUUAUCUUAUCCCCUGCAUACCAUCUUUGUGUGCUGUAAAUGUUAAUUAUUAAGUGUCACCCAAGAGAAGUUUGUGUCUCUUCAUUUUACUUUUUUUCCAGUUCCAGAGAUUUUUCUGCUUUGCUUUCUCCUGCCCUCUUAAUUUACCCAAUCUAACUAACUCUCCUUUUAUUGUAACAUAUAAAGUAAGCCAUAAAACUGCCAUUCUCCAGAGUAUUUUCCCAAUCUGUUGAGAUUUUGCUUUCCAGUGAUUGUCAAUUCGCUCAAAUAAACUCAUAAAAAUUC